GACAACCACGACUUUCCUCUAGUUGACACUUGACAACAAACCCCUCAAAAAAAAUUCAAAGUCCCGCAAUAUGUUCGCAUCGGCAGGCACAGCCUUGAAGCUCCACAGCUGGGCCGACAACCAGCUGCAACCCCUAUCAAUCUACAAACCCAAGAGGCUAUUCGGAACCGCCUCCAGACUGACAGACAUCUCUUGGUGCCACGACAACAGCUACAUAGCCGUCCUCCAGGAAAAAAACCAGCCACAAAUCCUCUCCUCCAAAGACCGCACCAACCUCAACCUAGUCCACACCAUCCAAACUUUGAAGCUCGCCAGCGCACUCAGCUUCAAGCGUCACACCAAAAGAACCCUAGCGCUAGGCAAUGAAGAAGGUGAAGUUGUACUUUACGACACCAAGAAUAGAAACAUAGCCAGAAGAGUAGCCAGUUUGGGCAAUGCUAUAAACCUCCUCGAAUUCAAUAGCUCUGAUGACCGCCUUGCAGUGGUAACUGAGCGUUCCCUCAGCACCUUCUCAGACCUGGACGGAGUCAACAACUUCGUGAAGGAAGCUGAGUACCCAGAGCUUUGCUCUUCAGUAACAUUCCAUCCUAGCUGCCCGCAGCUACUAGCUGAUGGUACCUCUGAUGGCACAGUGACACUCAGAGACCUGGAGAAGGGCGAGGUGAUAACCACCUGGCACAAGCACUCAGCUUCAAUUUCAGGCAUUUCUUUUGCCAGACACCAAAAGGUUAUGGUUACCACUGGUAUGGACAACAAGAUCUGCGUUUUGGACCAUUCUACUGCGGAAUGUCUGUUCAGGAUGAAUAUUCAUCAGCCAGUGACUUCUAGCUCUCUCAGCCAGGAUGGCAGCUUCAUAGCUGCGGGUUUGGAGGACGGUUACGUGUACAUCUAUGAUCUUCGGGAGCCUUUGAAGCCUUUGGUGUGCGAUAAGACGCACAACUGUCCCGUGAACAAGGUUUCUUUCGAGCGGUGCAUACCCUGCAGGGAAAACAGCAUUCCCGAGAGAACAUCAGCGACUACCCUUAGCGAGUAUGGGGAAAGCCGAUCGGAGGUCUCCCACUCCAUGGGGGAUGUCGAGAAGCAGGAGUGCUUCGAAGGGAAGCUCAAGAGAGACUUGCUGAAGAGCGUGAAGAGUCACAUGGGCUAUUUGGAGGGACAAUUGGCGGAGCAUUGCGCCAAAUUCCAGAUGUUUGUCAAUAACGAAUUCGAGGCUAUUCACGGGGCCAUGGCUAGAUGGGACGUUUUCAAUGUGGCUGAUACUUGCGACGGCGUGCAAGAUGCCAAGACUGUGAAAAGCACAUCGAAUAAAUGAGCGGAAUUAA